AUGGGUCCGAAAAAGAGAAACAAAUCUCCCACCAGACGCAGCCAGCACGAUGAGGAAGAGGAACUGGAGGAGACCAGGUCCACAAGGAGCUCAAGUACAAGGUCGUCUGGUCGGUUAAGAUCUUCAGAAACUUUGAGAAUUCCAACUGUUGAUGAAGCCAGUUCGUCAUUCAGACAUUCGAUUAGCCGUGGGCGAACAUCAAAUGAUAGCUCGAGUUUCCUUCCUAGCCGUUCCACGUCACGGCUUCUCAGGCUCAACUUUGCUAAAAACUCACCCAGUUUAGCUUCUUCUUCUGCUAGCAAUGAAAAUAACCAGAGUUCAGUCACUGAAGCUGCCGAAGCCAGCAGCCAGAGUAGCAGUAGCAGGCUACAGAGUGUGACAGACAAUCAAAGAAGAGGAAGCAGUCUAGAGAUUAAUGUUUCCGCCAACAACAUCAACAACAACAUUCCCGGUACAACUAACAACAACUUCAGCAGCACCAACAACUACGACGACGACAACAACAACAACACUGGAAUCAUCAGUAACAACAACAACAGCAAUGAUGACAACAACAACAGCCUUUUUUUUCCUACCGUUAACAACAUGAGUAGUAGCAGCAGCAGAUCACAAUUGAGCAGAAGACAAAGUAACACAAGUCAACCUGGAAGACGGGGCUCUGCGAAAAACAUUCCAAACGAGGGACCGCCACAAGAGCCGCCAAUGCAGCCACAACGGCCACUACUUAUGACUUUCUUACGGUUUCUGGUCCUUUUGAAACCGCUUUUUUAUAUAGCCACCUGCAUGUCUUUCUUGCUUGUCAGCACAUUUUUCCAGACUGAAACUAUUAAUGAAGACGAUGGUCUUGGUAGAAGCAAGAUCUGUCCACACAGUCUUGAAAAGUUCAUCUCAUCGUUUGAUGACGUUGUGACGAAACUAUCGAGCGUUGCACGUAGCUACCACAUCAGCCUAUCGACUCUAGGCAUCGUAAAUCUAUUUUAUGCAUUUCAAACAGCCGUACAUUUCACUCUGACGAGGUUUAUUAAGUCCAGAGCAAAAAUAAAUUACGGAGGUCUCCUAAUUACCUUAUUGGCCCUUCUUGGAAUUCACGCUGGCUCGCCUUUCAAUCUACAGACAUUUCAGGAAACUAUAUACUACAUGUCAGUAAUAAGCACGGUACAGUGCCUGGUCCUAAUAGCAAUUUCUCGCAUUUUCAACGUCGACAUUUUGAAACUCUUCUUCAAAAAGUAUUUCAAAUUGGCCUCUGCUGACGCUGCUGACGCUGCUGCUUCUACCACCACUACUACUAGUGACGACCUCCGUAAAUUUCUGACCAUGAACUUUGGCAUACCAUUGUGGUUCGUUUGUAUAGUCAGCCAUCUAGUAGCAUCUAUUUUUAGCCAGGUCAAUAGGUCAGCCCUGCUGGUGGCCUGCACCAUGCAGCUGACCUACCUUCUCGUCGGACUCUUUUAUCAGUUUAGGGAUUUGAACGGGAGCGUAAACAUGGUAAUCCCAUGGAAUGGUAGUGGCCAGCUGUCCGUUGUCUUGGAAUCACUCGUCAUCAUCCCCUACAUGUACGCCUUUGCCCUAUGUGACAAUCUGCACUUGAACCACACUGAAAACUCAAAAAACAAAAUUUUAUCUAUGAAAAACUGGAUGUUGUUCUAUGGCAGUGAAAUUGCAAUGGUUGUAUGCUGGAGUCUUCUGACAGGCUUUUAUUCACUGUGGAGUUUUUCCACGCUUACAUUCCUGGUUCUAACUUUGAUCAGGGAUCCGAUAAUCAACAGAACAUUUAACAUACGUUUUGACAACAACAAUAACAACAACAACUUUAAUAACAACAACAACUUCAAUAACAACAACAACAACUUCAAUAACAACAACAACAAUUUUAGUAACAACAACAACAACAACAACAACAGUUAUGAUAAUAACAAUGGAUGGACUUUCCAAAACAACAACAACAACAACAACUAUAGUAAUAAUAAUAAUUACGCAAACUAUCUCGACAAUAACAACAUCAAUAAUAAUAAUAAUAAUAAUGGCUCGAACUUUUACAACAACAACAACAAUAAUAAUGAAAGGAACUUCCCAAACAGCAGCAACUACAACAACGACAGUGACGUCCACUUCAUCAACCAAAACAACAAUUACAACCAAGCUAGUAGCCCAAAUCCUAACCACAACCACAACAACAACAACUACUUCAACUUUCCACCAUCUGCUAAUCCGGCCUGCUUCAGUUCAAUUCUUACCUAUGGCCACUACAAAACUUACCUCGAUACUGCAACUAAUACAGAGGGCGAUUAUUUGAGAGGUGACGGUGACGUGUUUUAUAGCUGUAGGGACAAAAAAAAUUAG